AUGCUGCUGCCGCGGCUGCUGCCGCUGCUGCUGCUCUCGGCGGGGCAGGCGGCGGUGCUGUGGAUGGGACUGCGGGGCACCCCCCGCGGAGAGGUGAGCCCCGCUUUCCUCUCCCUCACCCUGGACGCCAGCCUGGCCCGCGACCCGCGCUAUGUGGCUCUGCUCAGCAAUCCCAAACUGCGUGCCCUGGCAACAGCCCUGUCCCCAGGCUUCCUGAGGUUUGGUGGCACCGAGACAGAUUUUCUCAUCUUUGAUCCCAAUAAGGAUUCAACAUCAGAAGAAAGAAUCAUCUGGGAACUUCAGGCUCAGCAAGAGGCUUGUGGCUCUAGGCCUGCGUUUGCUGCUGUUGAGAGGCUGCUGCUGGCCCAGUGGCCCAGCCAGGAGAAGCUGAUUCUUGUGGAGCAUAACCGGAGAAAGCACAAGAACACCACCAUUACAAGGAAUACCCUGGACAUUCUCUACAGCUUUGCAAACUGCUCAGGGUUUCACCUGAUCUUUGGGCUCAACGCCCUGCUGCGGAAAGAUGGCUUGCAGUGGGACAGCUCCAAUGCCCAGGCACUGCUGGACUACUGCGCCUUGCGGAGCUACAACAUCUCCUGGGAGCUCGGGAAUGAGCCCAACAGCUUCAGGAAGAAAUCCGGUGUCUACAUCGAUGGCUUCCAGCUGGGGCAAGACUUUAUUCACUUGCGCCACCUCCUCAGUAACUAUACCCUCUACCGGCACAGCAAGCUCUACGGUCCUGAUGUCGGGCAGCCCCGCAAGCACACACAGAGACUGCUGAGGAGCUUCCUGAAAUCAGGAGGGAAGGUAAUCGACUCUGUCACAUGGCACCAUUACUAUGUGAACGGACGAAGUGCAACAAGGGAGGAUUUCUUGAGCCCUAAAGUGCUGGAUACCUUUGCCACAGCUGUACAUGAAGUCCUGGAGAUUGUUGAUGGGACUGUGCCCAACAAGAAGGUCUGGCUGGGAGAGACGAGUUCCGCCUAUGGAGGGGGAGCUCCCAGGCUGUCCAACACUUAUGUUGCUGGCUUUAUGUGGUUGGACAAACUUGGGCUUUCAGCCAGACAGGGGAUUGACGUGGUGAUGAGGCAGGUUUUCUUCGGGGCAGGGACCUAUCACCUGGUGGAUGCCAGCUUUGAGCCUUUGCCGGACUACUGGCUCUCGCUGCUCUACAAGAAGCUGGUGGGUACCAAGGUGCUGCAUGUUGGCCUGACAGGAGCCGACGAGAGGAAGCUCCGUGUCUACCUCCACUGCACAAACCCCCUCCACCCAAAAUACAGAGAAGGGGAUGUGACGCUGUUUGCCUUAAACCUCUACAAUGUUACCCAACAUUUGCAGCUACCAAAUCACUUAUCGAGUAAGCACGUGGAUCAGUACCUCUUACUGCCUCACGGCAAAGCGAAUAUCCUUUCCAGGUCUAUUGAGCUGAAUGGCCGUGUGCUACAGAUGGUGGAUGACAAAACACUGCCAGAGCUUACUGAAAAACCCCUUGGUCCGGGCAGCAUCCUCGGCCUUCCAGCCUUCUCUUAUGGCUUUUAUGUUAUCAAAAACACCAAAGCUAUUGCUUGCAUUUAAAUGGUUAAUGCACACAGGAUAAAUGUAAAGCACUUGGCUAGUAGGGAAGUCUAAUCCUAGAAAUUCACGUUUCUACCAUGAGAUUUAAUUCUGGCAAGGGCUGCAAGUGCAAUGGCACCAGUAUGAUCUCUGUGCUGGGGAAGACAUGAGGUCCCACUGGGUAAUAUGUACAUGAAAGAUGCUUGUUAAGAUCCUGGGAAAAUUAUCCAGGCAGAGCAAGCCCAGGCAGGGGUUGCUUUUGCUCUUGGUCCAGCCUGGAUCCCUGCACUUGAGCAUGGGGCCCUUCUCCAUGCCAUGUACAGAGCUGCAUCAGCUUCUCACACUGCCCUUGGGACUUUGCCAGGCAGGAAUUGCAACCUCUGCUCUCCUCUCAUUUCUGCAAGCACAGUUUUCAACGCAGUUCCUUCAAACGCCUGCUUUCAGAAAGGAUGAGCAGGGGGGUUAUUUUAGCUGUACAGUUGUGAUUUUGCUGGCACCAUGUGGGGAAGCCCAAGGAGGGGUUGUGAUUGCUGAGGGCAUCCUGGGGUGGAAAGCAGAGACACAGAUCAAACCGAGGUUGGGGUUAGCUGAAAGAGAAAAUGCCUUGUCGAGAAAACAGGCCCUCGGCAGGGAUUGGGGCAGCACUUUACGUUUGUCCCAAGGUAGGAGGUUCUGUCACAAGAUGGAGCUAUAGCCAUGUACUUUCCAAAGGCGAGCUCUCAACAAAUGACGUGCAGGUAAGAGUGCUCAACCUCCACCACUCCGCAGGAGGCUCAGCUGGAAGCGACUUCCUUGACCCUAUCUGUAGGUGGAGCUCUGCUUCACACUGCAUAAGUUGCUCAGGUCCUCGAGGAAAUGUGAUAGUAAAGAGACUGAGCAAACCACUCACACCUCGACCAUCAGAGGGGCAUCAGUGGCCUUAAACAAUUCAGGAGACAAAGCUGUCCGUUAGGCUGGCAUUCCUCCUGCAGGGCAAACAGCAGUUUCGGCCAGAAACUUGUGCUGGUGGUGCCAUUUUUUCCCCAGCCGUGCCUUCCCCUUCCUGCUACAGCUCAGUGUGCCACUGGCUGCUUUCCUCUGCCGUGUGGGCUGCUGGUCUGCAAGGGAGCAAAACCCCAGAGAAUACCUGUGGGCUCCUCUUGCAUGUGUUUAUUUGCAUCUACUUUUCUUGAAGACAUAUAACCCUUGCCACUGUCAAUGCCUCAUGGUAUCUUGAGCACAGCAGGGGAAAACAACAACACACCACUGUAUUUCACUUCUUAAGCUUUAAGAGGACGCUACCAGCUACACGGGUUUUCAACACAGGGAGGGAGGAGACAUGCUUUAACGAGCAGACUUUAAAAACAGACAAACUUAUGAAGCUGUGAUGAAAAGUUGCACAAUAAAGAGGUUAUAUUUAAGUUCAGUGUGUCAAAGAAGUGUUUGCACCCACAGUGCAUAUACAUUCUCCAAAGAGUUAUGUAUCAGGAGGUAAUAUAGAUCAGAAAUGAGAAUAAGGAAUGCUAAAUUCAUUUAUAUUGUCCAAGUUCAAUAAGAGAAGAUAGCGUAAAAUGAAGUGGAAAGUCUUACAUGCUGUCUACUUAAAAUUAAUAAUAUGGAAUUAUUAUAAUAAUUUACAACUAAGACAUCAAAAUUUUUGUUUUCCUGGUAGCUUCUUUUUAGAACUUUUCUAACAGUUUUGUUUGUUCCAAUGCUUGUGACUUUUAUAUCUGAAGGUUUUAA